AUGGAACCAAAACUAUCGGGAGAUGAAAUAGUAAUAUCUGGUAUAGCUGGAAAAUUUCCAAAUAGUGAAAAUAUUAGAGAAUUGCAGAAGAAUCUUUUAAAUAAAACAGACUGCAUUGGUGACAGCAAUGUUCGUUGGGACAACGAACAUCCUCAAAUUCCAUCACGAAUCGGUACAAUAAAAAAUAUUGACACUUUUGAUCGUGUAUUUUUUGGAGUUCAUGGAAAAAUGGUAGAUUAUAUGGAUCCUUUAAUAAGAAUAACAAUAGAAACGGCUUACGAAGCAAUUACAGAUGCUGGAAUUAAUCCAAAAAAUUUGAAAGGAUCUAAAUCGGCAGUUUUUACUGGAAUCAGUUCUUCAGAGUCAGAAAAAUCAAUAUUUUAUGAAAAAUUUGUGCAAAAUGGAUACGGAUUACUAGGAAUCAAUCGGGCUAUGUUACCAAAUCGAAUUUCAUUUUUCUUCGGUCUUACUGGGCCAAGUGUCAAUAUUGAUUCUAGCUGCUGUGGAGGUGCCAAUGCAUUACACGAAGGAUUUAUGGCAAUUAGAGAUGGACGAGCUGAAAAUGCUAUUAUUGGUGCCAGUAAUGUGGUUUUACAUCCACAAAAGUCUCUACAAUUAUUUUUGUUAGGACAUUUAUCACCCGAUGGGAAAACAAAAUCAUUUGACGAUGCAGCUAAUGGUUAUACUCGCAGCGAAGGAAGUGUAGUCCUAUUUCUUCAAAAGGCUCGCGAUGCAAAACGGAUUUAUGCAGAAGUGAAAAAUGCCAACAUUUGUUUUGGAAUUAACAAUAAUGACAAUUUGCUUUUCUAUCCAAGCCAUGAUUCUCAAGCAAAUAUAAUGAGAAAUACUUUGAAAGAAUGUGGUCUUUCUGGUAAAGAUAUUUCAUUUAUAGAAGCCGAUGGUUCAGGAAUUAAAGUUGUUGAUUCUGAAGAGGUAAAAGCCAUUGAUGAAGUUUACAAUGAAGGAAGAAAAUUACCUCUUUAUAUUGGUUCUGUCAAAUCUAACCUCGGAUCUUGUGAAGCAACAAAUCCACUUAUAGGAAUUAUUAAGAUUAUCACCGCAAUGGAGUUUGGAUACAUUCCACCAAAUCUUCAUUUUAAAAAAAUAUCUGACAAAAUUCCUGCUCUUAAAGAAGGUCGGUGUAAAGUUGUAACGGAAUUAACUCCUUGGACCGGAGACUAUGCAGUUGUUAAUAGUCUAGCCAUAACUGGUGCUAGUGCUAAUAUUAUAUUAAAAGAUUUCAAAAAGUAUAAGAAAAAUUCAGGAAAACCUGACGACUGUUUUCCAAGAUUAGUCAUAUGUUCUGGUUGCACAGAAGAAGCUGUUAAUUUCAUUCUAUGUGAUCUAGAAAGAAGAUCAGUCGAUGUGGAAAUGCUUCAGCUUAUGUACGAUAUAUUUGAAACUGAAAUUCCAGCUCACAUGUAUAGAGGAUAUACACUACUUUCUCCUAAUGAAUCAACAAAAUGCAAAGCAAGAGAAAUUCAAUAUAUUUCUAGUUUUAAGAAAGAAAUUUGGUACAUGUUUUCCGGUAUGGGUUCCCAAUGGACCGAAAUGGGAAAAGCUUUAUUACAAAUACCUGUUUUUGAGGAAGGCAUAAAGAAAUGCGAUAAAGUCCUUAAAACCCGGGGCAUAGACAUUUUCCGCAUCAUUACAGAAAAUGAUCCAAAAAUUUUUGAUAACAUCAUCAAUGCUUUUGUUGGAAUUGCUGCUAUCCAGAUUGGAUUAGUAGACUUAUUAAACUCUAUUGGAUUAAAGCCAGAUUUUGUAAUUGGCCAUUCAAUCGGAGAAUUAGGUUGUGCUUAUGCUGAUGAAUGUCUCACAGCAGAGCAAAUGAUUCUUUGUGCCUUAGCUAGGGGUUUAGCUUCUAUAGAAACAGAUAUGAUAAAAGGAUCAAUGGCUGCAGUUGGUCUUGGAUAUAAAAAAAUCAAAAAUCUAUGUCCACCUGAUAUUGAAGUAGCUUGUCACAAUAGUGAAGAUAAUUGUACUAUCAGUGGUCCUGCAGAUUCUUUAAAAAACUUUACCGAACAAUUGACGGCAAACAAUAUUUUUGUCAAAGAAGUGAAGUGCGGUAACAUUGCCUACCACAGUCGAUACAUAGCAAUGGCUGGUAAAAAAUUAAGAAAAUACCUUCAAGAAAUAAUACCUCAUCCAAAACUUCGAAGUAACAAAUGGAUAAGUAGUUCAGUUCCUCAAGAUAAAUGGAAUUCUGCGUUAGGUCGACUAUCAUCUGCGGAAUAUCACACAAAUAAUUUUCUAAAUCAUGUUCUGUUUGCCGAAAGUGCAAAACUUAUUCCUCCACAUGCAGUUGUUAUCGAAAUAGCCCCCCAUGGUCUUCUACAGGCAAUUGUAAAAAAAUCAUUGCCUGAAAAUGUUCUUAACGUUCCCUUAACCAAAAGAUAUCAUCCAGAUAAUGUCUCAUUUCUUUUUGAAGCUUUAGGUAAAGUAUACAAUGCUGGUUGCAAUUUUAAAGUGUCCAAUCUUUAUCCUAAAAUCAGCUAUCCAGUAUCACGUGGAACGCCCUCAAUUUCGUCUUUAAUUAAAUGGGAUCAUUCAACUAAGUGGAACACUAAUUCACUCAAGGAAAUUACUAAAAUUAAGAAAGGAGAGAUGAACUUCGUAAUAAAUCUAAAGAAUGAUGAGUGGAAAUAUUUGAAACAUGCCAGGAUCAAUGGCAAAAUUGUUAUUCCUAAUUCUAUGUAUUUAACACUCGCCUGGGAUGUUUUAAAGUCGUUACAAAAUAAUUCUGAAUUCUCAAUACUUUACCAAAAUGUAACAAUUCACAAACAACAAGUGGAGAUACCAGACGACGAAAAUAUCGUAUUAGUAACAAUGGUUCAAAAAGGCAGUGGUUUCUUUCAAGUUACCAAUAACGAAAUUCUACUAUGUUCCGGAAUAUUGCAAGUGACUGAUGCUCCUAAUCAACACUGUAUUCAAAUUGAUGAAAAAGACGAUCAAAUUUAUCAGUAUUUGAGUGAAAGUGACGUUUACAGUGAAUUACAGAAUCGAGGUUUACAAUAUUCAGGACCUUUUAGAACAAUUCAAAUACCUGUAUCAGUUUAUAAGAAAUUACAAACUAUUAGUGCAAGUGGUGUACAAAUGGAAGGAAUCAAUUUUAAAUCUAUACUGAAUGAGUCUGGGAAAAAUAAAGUUGUUGUUAAAAAAAUUGAAAUUCUUCCGGGAACAGAUGGGGCUUUAUCUACUUUAUCAGAGAUCUUAAAUAUGACUCUUCAAUUUUUAGAAGAAAAUACAAAAAAAUCAAAUUUGAUUUCUAUCGUUGAUGACGGCUCUAUUGAUGUGAAAGAAAUAAGAGAAAUCAUGCACACCGUUAUUAAUGAUACUAUAGAAAGUAGGUUUAAAAUCGAUAUGGUACCUUCUUCCUGGUUGUUCAACAAUAAACCAAAAUCUAGUCUUAUUGCACUUUUGGUACUUUGCAAUAUAAUGCAAUACACUCAACAGGAUCUCACGAAAAUGAUAGCAAGUGGAACCUUCUUUUUAACAUUUGCAGAACCCCAAAACGAAAGUUUAGUUUUGAAAAUGUUCGAUUUUGCAGGAUUAGGACUUGUUCUUAAAAAAUAUCUUCCCAACGGUCGAGUUGCUUUGCUCUUUCGUCAGAAACACUUCUUCAAUAAAUCUUCUGUUUUGAAUAUCAAUGAUGAUAAAGAUUGGUCCAAUAAAAUAAGAACAAUAAUUACAUCUGCAGAUUGUGAUCGUCUCAUAAUUGUAUUUAGAUCUAACGAGUAUUCCAAUCUUUGUCAAAAACUUGCAAUACUUCAGGAAGAGCUACAUGGAAAUAAAAUUCAAAUAGUAGACAUACAAGAUCCACAAGUUUUAGAAUUCUCUUUACAAGAUCCAUUAUACAAUUCACACAUGGAUCUAAAUUUAAAAAUGAAUAUUCUUUUGCCAGGUAAAAUUUGGGGAACAUACAAAUAUUUUCCAAUUGUCUCCAAUCUUCAAAACGUAUCAAAUUGGACAGCAGAAUAUCAGAAUUCUUCCGCAUUAGAUUCUAUUUCUUGGGUCGAGGGAUUUCCUACAAAAAGUACAAAGACAGUCAAAGUCGAGUAUUCCGCAAUAAAUCAAGCAGAUUUUCUAUUACAAACUGAUAAACCAACAUUAGAAGACAUUACGAAAAAUAGAAUUGAUAUAAAAUCAGUUGAACAAGAAUAUUCUGGAAUUAAUUCCAAAGGAACUAGAGUUAUGGGAAUUGCUACAAAUAAUAUACUUUCAAAUUACAUAAUACCCGAUAGUGAUUUCACUUGGAACAUACCUGAUAAAUGGUCAUUAGAAGAUGCUGCUACUGUACCUGUAGCCUAUAUAGUGGCAUAUUUGUCUCUAGUCUUAAAGGGAAAUCUACUAAACAAUGAAUCUAUUUUUCUAUACAAUGCUAGUUGUUCUAUUGGUCAAGCUAUUGUUAAUUUAGCAUUAAAUAUUACAUCUCAAGUUUUCCUUGGACACACUAGUUUUAGUCAACAAUUCUGGUCACAAACUAAAGGAAAGGGAGUUAAUUUAGUGAUUUAUAAUAAUGAUGAUUUAAGUAAUUUAGAAAGUUGCGUAAAGAAUGUUAAAAAAUUUGGAAGAAUUAUUGUCAUUGGAAAUUUGCAUGAAGCAUUUGGUAUGUCAGUAGGCAUGGAAGUCUUUGAUGAGAAUGUUAUUAUGUCCUCAAUCAUUCCCAAGAAAUUAAGAAAUCUGAAUCUAGACACAAAAAGAAAAUUGUCACAAAUGAUUGAAAAUGGAAUAUCAAGGCAAAUUGUAAAACCAAUACCCAAACGUGUCUAUCCAAGACAAAUGUUAAAACACGGUUUUAUUAACGAAGCUUCAAAAGAUUUCUUUGAAAAGAUCAUUGUCAAAGUGCAGCCGGAUAACGGUAGCAAUACAGCUCUGGCAGUUCCUCGUUUCUUAUGUAGAAGUGAAGGAUCUUGUUUGAUAAUUGAAGGAUUGAAUGCCUUUGGAUUUGAACUAGUUGAUUUUUUAGUUGUUAGAGGUGCCAAAAAUAUUAUUAUAACUUCUGAAUCAAAAAAUACAGGAGCUUACAGUAAACAUAAAAUAAAUUUGUGGAAAAAGAAUGGAGUUUCAGUUGUAGUAAAAGAAGAAUUGGAAUUUACUCAUCAACAGAAUGUAAAUACUCUUCUUGAGGAAGUCAAUGCUCUUGGUACAAUAGAUGCCAUUUUCGAUCUUCAAGGAACUAAUAAUUUAUCAACAAGGUCUUCUAGUUCGAGAUAUUUGUUUACCAAACAUCUUUUUGAGGAAUCUAAGAAAAAAAGCCCUGAUCUACUACAUUUCGUUGUUUUUUCAACCUGUAAAUAUAUCAGGGGAAAUUUCAACAACUUUUUGUUAAGAGAAAUAGAAUUGACGAAAGUUUUUCAAGAAAAAACAAAAGUACCUACCCCGGGACUUUUGAUCCUUUUAGGUCCAGUUUAUGAAAUUGCGGAAUACACAACAGAAAAUGAGAGAAAUGAAACUUUGUUGUCUGCUUCUAGUAUUAUGGAACAAUUGGAUAAUUUAAUUGCUUCGAAAGCGAGCAUUGUAUCCAUUUUUCAUAAAUCAUUGGAAGCAGAUUAUAAAAAGAUUGAGAAAGAAAACAUUACCACUGAAGUAUCGGCAAGGUCGGAAUUCGAUAAUUAUAUUACAGCAACUCAACCCAUAUCAACGACCUGGAGACUUCAGAUUUCAGAAAAAAUUCAGAAUUAA